AUGUUAAGUCGCAUGUUAAAGGGAGCUGCAACCGGAGGCCAGCAGCUUUCGGCUACCGCCAAUCAAUUUGUGGACAAAAUUGACCCUUUCAGCAAAAGAGGAACAAGUAGGAGAAGAAGGAUCGUGAACAGCAGUCGCUAUCAUGCAGAAAACGAACCUGAAUUGGUUCAGCUUCCAUUGAUCAAAGGCAUGCCAUUCGUUGAUGUUUAUAAGCUUUUCAAAGUAACUUCUUUAGAUACUCCCGCAAACGAGCAACCCGCGCUGGUCUUACAGAAACUUGUCCAGUGCCAGAAGAUCUUCGAUUUUUACGAUCCUGUCGCUCAGCUGAAAAGUAAAGAGGUUGGUUGCGUUAAGAAUUAUCUUCUACUUUUAUAUCCAGACCUGAAUACUUUGGAACACUGUAGGUGGGAACAGUGGCGCAAGAAAUUUUUUCACUUACACUUGUGGGACAGACUGUUUCUUUUGUUUUUCGAAUGAAA